AUGAGGCUGUUCCGCCGCCGCUACAGCACCUUGAAGGUGGCCUUGGCGGGCGCCGUCUUCGUCCUCUUCCUCUUCAUCCUCCAGAAAGACGUGGGGAGCAAGGAGCCGGGCGAGGAGCCGUGGCUGCGGAACAUCGUGCAGGGCAAGGACCAGGUGCUGGACCUGAUGCUGGGCGCCGUGCGGGACCUGCGGGACUCGAUGCCGCGGCUGCAGAUCGGGGCCCCGGAGCCGCCGCCGGAGCCGCUGCCCAGCGCCCGCUCCUGCCUGCCCGGCGUCUACACCGCGGCCGAGCUGCGGCCGCUCAUGGAGAGACCCCCCCAGGACCCCGCCAGCCCCGGGGCCGACGGAAAAGCCUUCAAGAAGGAUCGCUGGACGCCCGAGGAGACCAAGGAGAAGGAGAGGGGCUAUGAGAAGCAUUGCUUCAACGCCUUCGCCAGCGAUCGCAUCUCCCUGCAGCGGGCGCUGGGCCCCGACAGCCGCCCCCCAGAGUGCAUCGAUCAGAAGUUCAAGCGCUGCCCUCCCCUCCCCACCACCAGCGUGGUCAUCGUGUUCCACAACGAGGCCUGGUCCACCCUGCUCCGCACGGUCUACAGCGUGCUGCACUCGUCCCCGGCCCGGCUGCUCCGCGAGGUCAUCCUGGUGGACGACGCCAGCACGGACGAGUACCUGAAGGAGGAGCUGGAUCGCUACGUGGAGCAGCUGCAGAUCGUGCGCGUGGUGCGGCAGCGGGAGCGCAAGGGGCUCAUCACGGCGCGGCUGCUGGGGGCCAGCGUGGCCAGCGGGGAGGUGCUGACCUUCCUGGACGCCCACUGCGAGUGUUUCCACGGAUGGCUGGAGCCGCUCCUGUCCCGCAUCGCCGAGGAGCCCACGGCCGUCGUGAGCCCCGACAUCGCCACCAUUGACCUCAACACCUUCGAGUUCUCCAAGCCUGUCCAGAACGGGAAGCAGCACAGCCGGGGCAACUUCGACUGGAGCCUGACUUUCGGCUGGGAGGUCAUUCCCGCGCGGGAGAGACAGCGCAGGAAGGAUGAGACCUUCCCCAUCAAGUCCCCGACCUUCGCAGGUGGCCUCUUUGCCAUCUCCAGGUCCUACUUUGAGCACAUCGGCUCCUACGACGACCAGAUGGAGAUCUGGGGGGGUGAGAACGUGGAAAUGUCCUUCAGGGUGUGGCAGUGCGGGGGACAGGUGGAGAUCAUCCCCUGCUCCGUCGUGGGCCACGUGUUCCGCUCCAAGAGCCCCCACACCUUCCCCAAGGGCACGCAGGUGAUCUCCCGGAACCAGGUGCGCCUGGCCGAGGUCUGGAUGGACGACUACAAGGAGAUCUUCUACCGCCGCAACCAGCAAGCUGCCCAGAUGGCCAGAGAGAAGACGUUUGGUGACAUCACAGAGCGGCGCAGGCUGCGGGAGCGGCUGCACUGCAGGAACUUCACCUGGUACCUGCAGAACGUGUACCCCGAGAUGUUCGUGCCCGACCUGACCCCGGCGUUCUACGGAGCAAUAAAAAACGAGGGCACCAAGAGCUGCCUGGACGUGGGGGAGAACAACCACGGUGGGAAACCUCUCAUCAUGUACCCCUGCCACGGGCUGGGGGGCAACCAGUACUUUGAGUACACGAGCCAGCGGGAGCUGCGCCACAACAUCGGCAAGGAGCUGUGCCUGCGCGGGGACGCGGGCACGGCCGAGAUGGGCGAGUGCCAGUUCCGAGGGAAGCCCGGCCGGGUGCCCGCCAGCGAGGAGUGGGACUUGGCGCAGAACCGGCUGAUCAAGAACUUGGCCUCGGGGAUGUGUCUGACGGCCCGGGGGAAGCACCCGGCCCUCGUUCCCUGCGACCUCACGGACCCGCACCAGCUCUGGUCCUUCACCUAA